UCCUCCCCCUCCCGGACCCACGUGCUCCGGCUUUGUGCGGGUCGACCCGGCGUUCCUUUCGCUUUCCUUUUCCCCUUCCCGGCUUUCCAUGGCGGCCUGGUUCAGUUUCAGGACGGAGGAGGACGAGGAAGGGGACGAGGCGAGCUUCUGGAGGUAUGAUUCCACCUGGGAGGAAGAUGACGAUGAUGAUGAGGAUGGCGAUGAAGGCCAGCACGAAAGAGCGGAGGAGGCCGCCGGGGAGGAGCCGGAGGAUGCGGAGAAAUCGGCGCUGAGCUGUCGGCAGGAAUCCCGGCAGGCCCAGCCUAGAUGGUAUACUAUAAUCCAGAAGCUGCUAAUGUGUUUUUUCAAUACUGAGGGACAAAGGAAAUCCAAUUCAUCACCGUUGUUUCAGAGGAGUUUUAAGUUCUCAGGCAGGCGCAACUGGAAUGCAGCAAGAGACUUGCAGAGAUACAGGCAUCGUUACCCGGAUUUGAUAGAGUCAGAAACUGAUGAUGAGGAAGAAGAUAUGUGGAACUUGAGCUUCUACAAAAAUGAGAUUGCUUUUAUGCCCCACGGUUUGCAUAUUGAAAAUCUGCUUGAAUCUUGGUGGGACAACUAUGAAGUUCUGGAAGAAAACCAUUCAUACAUACAGUGGCUAUUUCCUUUACGUGAACAUGGGAUGAAUUUUCGUGCGAAGCCACUCACGUGUCUAGAAAUUGAGGCCUUGAAGAAGUCAGAGGAAGUUAUGGAAAGGUUUAUACGUGCUUAUCGGCUCAUGCUGAGAUUCUAUGGAAUAAUUCUAGUGAACCAGGAAACUGGAGAACUUGAGAGAGCAGAGAAUUGGAAUGAAAGAUUUGUAAACUUGAACCGGUUUAGCCACAACAAUUUACGGAUUACUCGCAUCCUGAAGUGCCUGGGAGAGAUGGGAUAUGAACACUAUCAAGUGCACUUGGUUAAGUUUUUCCUAACAGAAACUCUUGUUAAUGAGACAUUACCAAAUGUCAAGAGAAGUGCCUUGGAUUACUUCCUGUUCACCAUCAGAAACAAGCGGAAGAGAAGAGAACUGGUCCACUACGCUUGGCAACACUACAAACCUCAAGGCAGCUUCGUGUGGGGGCCCCAUGACAAACUCUUGAAGUACAGACCCUGCUCCAACAAGUCAAAUCUGCACAAAAAGGCUGAAAGCAAAGAGGAAACUCCUAGUAAAAAGGUUGAUGAUUCAGUGGAAGAGGGUCAGAACCAGUCUCUGGUGGAGGAACAGAAGGAUGGAGGUAGUGAGAACUUGCAAACUGAAGCGGAUGAAGAGGACACGAGGGAGGAGAUAAGUGAAUGUGUUUCAAAAGGAGAGGAUGAGGAGGAGGAGAAAAAGACUUCAUUUGCCCAGCAGGAAGAGCAUUGCAACAGUGAGGCUGAAGUGCAAGAUGCAGCAGAGAAUGACUGUGCAAAGGAGAGCAAGAAGAGAAAACUGGAUGCAAAUGUAGCAGACGCCAUAAAGAGUGGAGUGCUGAAAAGCCCUCCUGAUAUUGAAAAAAUCUCCAGUAAUCUGGAAGAAUGUGCAAUUGAUGCAGAAAUCCCCUCAGAUCCACCCUUACAAACAGGACAGGACCAAGAAACACUGAAAGAAGAAAAUACAGGCGCCAAAGACUUAACAGUGCCAGAGACUGGCGAUGCUGUUGUAAAAAGGAGGAAGGUUGAUAAAAGAACACAAAGAACAUUCAACUUGGCCAUAAAUCUGAACAUGGCACCACCCGUGCGCAGUGCCCAGUCAAACCCGUCUGUUCCAAACACUAAGACUGAGGAUGAAAAAGUUGGCGAGAAAAAGGCAGCUGUAGAGGUGAUAAGUGAGAAGACUGAGGGUAAUGCAGAUGGUUCGAGUUCCUCGGCUGCCUCUGUGCUUCCCAGUGCUGCUCAGACUUCUCCAUUGAGGGAUGGCACGGAGUCAAGUGCAGAUCAAGUUGCAGCAAAGAGCGAUGAGCACCACUGCAACACAACCCUCCUGGAAAGCAACAGUGAGGCAGAUGGGGUAGAGCAGCAUAAAAACACAGCAAAUGUGAGUGAAAAAGAAGAUGCAAAAGCUGCUGGCAACAAACAAACUCCAGGGAGUCCUGAGCAGGGUGUUGCAUUCUCUUGUGCCAAAAAAGACCGCGCUGAGAUUGCAAUACAAAGAACGGAUAGCUCUGAGUGUGUGGCAGAGCCUGGGGAAGAGCACAUAGCAACAGCGUGAGAGCUUGUGGUCAGCACGGUGAGCACUCAAGCAAGUGCUCUGCUUGACUGCUGAGAGCCAACUUCCAUCAGCUGUACACUAUGGAGAAAAUAAACUUUGACUGGACUGAUUCAGGCUAACCCCUGUCUCAUUUUCACCCUUCCUCACUUUGAUAAGAUCAUCAGUAAUGACUUUGCUGAGAACCAGCACUUGAUUACCCUACAAAGGGGAACUUUAAGUUAGUCAUCUUCCUCAACAAGCUGUGUUGUCUUGUGUUCCUAUUUUUUUUUAUCUAGUCUUCAGAAUUCUCUUGGAGCAACAGGGAUUUUUGCACUUUGCUUUGGUUCUGGUAUGUCCCUUUUUAAAGGAGAACGUUAAUCAGUUUCCUUGUUUGAACGAAUGAAGUAUUUAAUAAAUCCAUGGAUUUUAAUGUAAGAUAGCAUGAUCUAAUUUGCCAGACCUUUCUAUUAUCAUAUAAAUUCUUGGUUGUUUUGGAAGGCAGAACCUUCCCAGAAGACUUAUUCAUUUUGUAUCAUGUAAGAGUGUUGUUGUUGCCUCUCCUGUAAGAAAACAAGUUUGAAUUAAGACCAGGUUAAAAUGUGUAACCAUAGUGUGUCUUUGACCUUUGUGUACAGAUAACGUUCUCCAUGGUGCAAAAACAUUGGAUUACUUGUUUUCUUGCUCCUCUGCGGUUGUUUCAUAGUGCUUGUUGAGUUUAUUGAGAAUACAAAUUGUCUACGGGUUUCUAAGGGAAAAUAAAACCUUCGGACUUCUCAUAAAGCUGCUUGGAGCUCCUCUUCCCCAGCUUUUCCACUGUGUUCAGGAGCUUGGUAGUCUUCCACAUAAGCUUACCCACUGCUGAUGCAAAGCCCUUUUGUCCUUGAUUGCUAAAAUGGAACAAGUAUUUCUAUCAUUGUGUUUCCUCUGAAUUUGUUGCUAUUUGAAGCGACCUGAGGGGCUCUUUUCUGUUGGCCUGCUGGAUGAAGCUACAUGUCUGAGCUCUAACCUGCGUCCCAGUUGUGGCAGGAUCAUUCUACCAUUAAUGAUCAGCUUGUCAGACUGUGAGGUCGUGCUUGAGUGCAGCAUGUCUGGUAACUGCUGGAGCUUUGUUGUGGGGCAGUUAAUUGAAGCUUUAAUUAGAGGGGAUAUGCUUGUCUGCUUCAUUCAUUUACAGCCAUCAACAAUUUACUUUCAGACCUGGCCCACUGUUCUCCUGCCUUUAUGCUACUGACCUCUCUGCUAGCUGUUCUGCCUGACCUGUACAGGGUCCAAUGGAGUCUGAGGGAAUAUUAAACAAUUUAGCACUUCUGCUCAGGGAGAUUUACAGCAGAGGACCCGUUUCAUGAAGCAGAGGAAAUACUUUCACCAGCUGUUGAACAGAGAAGUCCGACAUGCUGUUUGCUCAGAUUUUCCUUUACUUUGGGGGUUUUUAGGCAGUGUUUGUGUAGGAGACAGCUAUGGGCUGCCCACCUCACCAGAGAGCACAUGCAGCAGCCCAAGUGUUUGGCCUCUCUGCUAAAGCUCUUUAUUUGUUAGAAGCUUCAUCUAUUAAAGAAUUUGAUCUGUGGUUUUCCUCCUCAGGCUGCAGGCCCUGCUUCAGCACAUUGUGUCCUCAUGUGUGGGAACAGAAGUCUGCAAGCUUAGUAUUUAAUGGUGAUGGUCACACACACGUGCUGGAAAAAGGCUUCAAUGUUUUUAAAAUAUUUUCUUAUGGGAAAGUGGUGUUAAAUAGCCAAUAAGAAUGCACUUAGUUCUGCAGAUAUUAAAAAAAAAUAAAUUGAAGAUAUUGAGUAAAAGUUCUUUCAUAUAAAAGGUUCAUAAAGAGUUGUUAAUCAUGGGGUUUUUUUGUACAGAUUUGUAGUAUUUUUAUUAUUUAAUGACAUUUUCAUUGUGAACGUAUGCUCAGAUGGGGCGUAAAUCAUAAGUCUUGUAUGGUGAUGUACAGUUUGUCUUCUGUUUAAUGGGAUUUCACUGUAAGCCCUGGUCUGGAGUGCUCAAAGCAAACUGUUCCCUGUUGUUUUCAGUUUAGAGUUUCGGCUGUAGGUGUUUGCAGUGAGUUCACAGGUUGUAUUUUCAGCACUCAGAGCUGUAUGAUGGUCUGUUGAAUUAACGUCACCUAUUAAAGCAUGUAUUUAAUGCA